AUGCCACAUUCAAUUCAAGAGAAAGUUGAUAUUGCGUCUACAACUAUAUGCCUUUCCGCUCGAUGUAAUACAUAUUUUCCUUUAAGAAAUCGGCAGAAAAUACGAUGGACUGGAACUAUACACUCUUCAGUCCGUGUCUGGAAUGUAUUGGCCCAGAGUUCCACACAAAACAUUCCACCAUGUGCCCUUCCACCAUUAUCUACUCUGCGAGUAGACGUUUCGUGA